AGUUUACAUGACAACGCUAAUAAAUAGUAUUGUAACUGAGGCAUUUCAACUGUCAAAAGGGACAAAGUGUUCCAAAAUUAUUGUAGUUUGGAUUUAAUGGCGGAGUAAUGACUUUUUCUGGAGAUAUUUUUUGUAUUUUGGUGCUUAGGUGUUCGUAUAUGCAUUUCCAUGGUUAUACGGCUUUUAUUUUUGAAAGAAUGCGCCACCGGAAGUAGUUUUAUUGUGCCGCACUGUAGUACACUAACGCCUCGGUGUUACGUGUGUGCUAGCGGUGUCCCAAAGUGAGAUUGAUCAGAAAACGGUAUGUAAAGGUAAUCCAGGAAGCUGGGUCUGGGGUCAGUGGUGUCGCUCCCUCGGUGGACACAGGAGUCCCGCUCUUUGGCAGAGAAACUCCAGUAAUGGACCUCUGUUCACAACAACCGGCGCCGCUGUUUACAUUCGGCGUGAUCGCUGACAUUCAGUACGCGGACAUUGAUGACGGAUUCAAUUUUUCCCGGACAAGGAAGCGGUACUACCGGAGCAGCCUGAAGCUGCUGCGAAACGCCUUGGAAAGUUGGUCCCACUCGGCCGUCAAGCCCGAUUUCAUCCUCCAGCUCGGGGACGUGAUCGACGGCUUCAACAAGCCCAACGGCGCCUCGCAGCGAGCGCUGGACACGGUGAUGCGGGAGUUCGCCUCCUGUCCCGUCAAGGUGCACCACGUAUGGGGCAACCAUGAGUUUUAUAACUUCAGCAGGAGCCAGCUGAUGGGAUCGCCGCUGGACAGCAGCCUGUACGCGGACCGGAGACCGAAGCAGGGUGACAUCUACGCCUACAGGUUUAGCCCGUUCCCCGGGUUUGUAUUUGUUGUUUUGGAUGCCUACGACGUGAGCCUGCUGGGCAUACCGGAGUCCAGUGAACGUUAUAACAAGGCUAUGAAUCUCAUUAAGCUGCACAACGACAACGAGGAUCUCAACUGUCCGCCAGAGUUGCCGUGCCACAGUCGGUUUACGAAGUUCAACGGCGGGUUCAGUCAGGAACAACUGGACUGGCUGGACUCGGUGCUGUCUGUGGCGGAUGAGAAACAAGAAAAAGUUAUUCUCGUCAGUCACGUUCCAGUGCACCCCGAUUCCACGGAUUAUAUCUGCCUCGCGUGGAACCAGGAGGAACUCCUGGCCAUCACUCGCUCCCACAGCUGCGUGGUGUGUUAUAUGGCUGGCCACGCCCACGACGCCGGCUACUGCCUGGACACAGGCGUGCACUACCUGACGCAGGACGGGGUGAUCGAGACCCAACCAGACAGCGACGCCUACGCCACGGUCUCCGUCUACCCGGACAGGAUGGAGCUGACGGGGAGCGGCAGGGUCGUGGACCGAGUGUUUCUGUUUUCCUGAUGACUCGGCCUAUGUGGUACCGGGGGACGGUCGGGUCAUUAAAAUGUUCCGCACAUUU